UGCGUCGGAGAAAACUUUCAUGACGGAAGGAGACGCGCAUCUCUGAUUUGUGCGGCACGUGCGGACGCGGAGUUGAGCGCGCGAGCAGGUUUGAUAGAAGAGUGCAAAGCAAGGACCUGAAUACAUCAUGAAGACAGAAGAACCUGGUAAUCAGAGAUGGAUGACAGCUGGGGUUCUGUUCUACUUGUCUGGCAGUAUUUGUAGCGGUAAAGGAAGGAGGACUUUGUUUCUGUCCCAUCCAGUGGUCCCAUUAAUGGGACUGGUUUUGUUGGCCUGUCUUCCCUUUGGAGCGAGCAUCAAACAGAGCGUGCCCAGGGUCAAACUCAGCUACAAAGAAUUGCAGCAAGCUGGUAGCGUGUCUCUGUUCUCGGGCCCAGCAGAUGGCCUGCUCUCCCACUCACUGCUGCUGGAUGAGGAGAGAGGACGUCUUUUGUUGGGAGCCAGGGAUCACAUCUACCUGCUGGACCCGAACAAUCUGAGCAAAGCUCCCAGAAAGGUCCACUGGCCGGCUCCGAGGGACAAAGUUGAAACAUGCAAACUGGCCGGCAAAAAUGUCAAUUUGGAAUGUGCUAAUUUUAUUCGAGUCCUCCACAAUUACAAUCGAACACAUGUCUAUGCCUGUGGGACAGGCGCCUUUCACCCCAUCUGCGCUUUUUUAGAAGUGACUGGCCACAGACAGGAUGGUGCAUUCCAGCUCUUGUCUAACACAGUCGAGUCUGGCAGGUUGAAAUGUCCUUUUGAUCCCCUGCAGCCGUUCACCUCCGUCCUGACAGAUCAGUACAUAUACGUAGGGACAUCUUCAGACUUCCUGGGAAAAGACACUGCGUUCACACGCUCCUUGGGGCCUCCACCUGACCAGCACUACAUACGCACAGACAUCUCUGAAGACUACUGGAUCAAUGAGGCCAAGUUUAUUUCUGCUCAUUCCAUCGCUGACACGUACAAUCUGGAUGAUGACAAGAUAUACUUUUUCUUCCACGAGGUGUCAUGGGAGGGCAACGAUAAGAGCAUCCUCUCCCGAGUGGCUCGUGUGUGCAAGAAUGAUGUUGGUGGGCUGAGAAGUCUGACCAAUAAAUGGACAACCUUCCUCAAAGCCAGGCUUGUGUGUUCUAUUCCUGGACCAGAUGGUGUGGACACACACUUUGAUGAGCUCCAGGACAUCUUUCUGCUCCCUACCAGAGAUGACAAAAACCCUGUCGUAUAUGCAGUCUUCACAACUUCCAGUUCCAUUUUCCGUGGUUCAGCAGUGUGUGUGUACCGCAUGGCAGACAUAAGAGCUGCGUUUAAUGGACCUUACGCCCACAAGGAGGGGCCCGACCACAGAUGGGUAGAAUAUGAAGGAAGAAUACCAUAUCCCCGUCCUGGAACGUGCCCCAGCAAGACAUACGACCCAAGAAUCAAGACCACUAAAGACCUCCCGGAUGACGUCAUCAGCUUCAUUCGUUUCCACCCUUUGAUGCAACGCUCUGUGCACCCGCUGACUGGCCGGCCCGUGUUCACACGCGUUCGAGUGGAUUACACCCUGACUCACAUUGUGGUGGACAGGGUUGCAGCAGACGAUGGACAAUAUGAAGUUAUGUUCCUGGGAACAGAUGCUGGUUCAGUUCUGAAGGUGGUGAGCAUCACCCAAGAGAACUGGUCAACAGAAGAAGUGAUUCUCGAGGAGCUUCAGCUGUUCCAGGUUUCCUCCCCCAUUCUCACUUUGGAGCUUUCUUCCAAACAGCAACAGCUCUACGUGGGAUCCAGAGAGGGAUUAGCUCAGGUUUCCCUCAGCAGAUGCCACCUGUAUGGCCAAGCCUGCGCUGAAUGCUGCCUGGCACGGGACCCUUAUUGCGCCUGGGAUGGUCACACGUGUUCCAGAUACAUCCCUGCAUCUAAAAGGCGAGCCAGAAGACAGGACAUUAAAAACGGGGAUCCUGCCAUUCAGUGCUGGGGCACAGAAGACAGUCUUGGUAGGGGUAAAGUGAAGGAGGGUGCUCUUUUUGGAGUUCAGAACAACUCCACCUUCCUUGAAUGCAUCCCCAAAUCUCAGCAGGCUCAAAUCCAGUGGUUUAUCCAAAAACCUGGAUCUGAACGCAGAGAAGAGGUCAAACUGGAUGAUCGUGUCGUCCACACAAGUCGAGGACUGCUGAUUCGCUCUCUUCACGCCUCUGAUGUUGGAGUGUACAUCUGUGUAGCUCAGGAGCACUCACACUUCACGCACACCCUCCUCCGUCUCGAGCUCCAGCUCGUUGCACACGGACAACUGGACAGAAAACACAAGGUCAGUGAAGACACUGUGGUGGAGCCGCACCACGCAGCAGAGUCACACCAGCGUUAUAAAGACUACCUGAGAGCGAUGAGCACACCUUUCCACUCCCUGGAGGAGUACUGCGAUUCACUGUGGCUGGACAAGAAGUCAACAAGGCUGCGAGCAAGGGCUCCAGGAGGGGGCAAAUGGAAAUACGUCCAGGAGUUAAAGAAGAGCAGAAACAGGAGACAUCACAGAGAACGAGAGGCAGACAGAGACAGGACGAGUCCGAGGCGGGCUGUGAGGACAGCAGAGCAGUGACAGAGGAAUGAAAAACAACCAGGUUAGCUCAGUUUAUCAGCAGGUUCAAUAAGACGCAGAUCUGUAAAAUUACAGUCUUAAAUAAGCAAAUAAAGUUUACCUCUGAGGCUAUUUCACCAAAGAAAUAUGGUUCAGAAAUUGAUACUGAACAACAGAAUGUAGAAUUAGUGCAGAUAGGCCAUUUAUUUUACUGAAAAAGGCAAACGAUGCAAUUAU